AGCCCGCCCCUACUGGAACCAUCCGCACGCGCGUACUGCCUCUCUCAAAGUUUUUGCGAGUCCUUACGCAGUCCUUCUUGCGGCUUUUUGAUACUUUUUUGGACACGAAUGACCUUUAUACGUGUAAAAGUGCUCCUCUUCUAGAUUGUUCGGCUCGGCGACGAAUGCACUUCUAAAGUGGAAUAUGACUAAGUCGGACGUCUGUCACGAGGAAGACUUCGACGUCGUUCAUCGAUGGUUGCGCGCUCGCUAAAGGGGAUCACCUCUGGUUCAACAAAACACAGGAGCUGCUUUUUGGACCGAGAGAACAUUAGAGCACAUCCCUAAGGCUAAUUCAUACCACCAGAGAAGAUGCAAGCUGAAGAAGAAACAUCUGAGGUGCCUGACACCCUGAUCUCCACAGAUUACAAAGCCCAAACUGGAGAUGUGCUUGAACUCAAUGCCAUCCGUGACACUGCUAGCACAGAAGGCAGAAAUGACACCACAGCUGACUCUGCUGCUGGACUACCAGGAAGCCAAUCAGGACCCUCUGAAAACCAGGUGUCUGCAGAGGUGGAUGUGGCCAAAACGGCUCACCUGCCUGAGCUCCUCGUGGUGGACUCUUUGUUGGGAGGACCACCUGUUCUCUCGCAGCACACCAAUGAUGAUGCCCAGGUCAGCUUGUCUUCCGAGAGGCUACAAGCGGACAGCGCGUCAUCUCAAACCAACGAGUACAGUGACUCGGACUACGGCAGCAUUCAGUCUAGCCCCGGCUACGCUAGCACUAGUUUCAGUGGAAAAGACUUAAGUGAACUCAGCAGCAGCUCCUUUGAAAAUACAAACUCUGUCUCUUCCAUCAACCCCUUUGAAUACAUGUCCAUGAAAUCCAAAAAAAGCACGAAAAACAGGCUCAGUUCUGGCCGAGGAGAUUCCAAAUCUAAGAAGAAACCGGUACCCACACAGGAAAAUGACUCUGUCAGUGACAGGGGCAAUACAGGCGAUGAAGAGGAGCAACAAAGCAAGCAGCCCCGUCACAUUGUCACAGAACGCGUGUGUUGCUGCUACAGGUCCAUGCACAGGGGCUGUCUACAGUGUGUGGAGGAGACACCAGCCAUGUUGUCUGGACUGGUGCUGUCUUUGGCAUUCUGUGUGGCCAUCAUUGUCCUCAUUCCCACCAUGGGAAGGAACCUUGACGUCCACGUAGGAGCUCUGUCGGUGGUCUGUGUGGUUCUCUGUCUGAGCGCCGGCCUGCUUGUGUGCCUGCCGUGGCUGGCCACUGUGAGGCGCUGCGCUGGCGCCCUGGCCCUCUUUGUGUGGGGGACACUGUAUGUCACCGCCAUUGUUUUCAUCUUCACCGGAGGGCCCGUUACAACAUGGGAGCAGGUAGCGUUCUUCCUCUUCUUGUCCCUGAGCGUGUACACGGUGCUGCCUCUCUCACUGGCUUGGGCCCUUAUGGUGGGGAUUUGGACCAGUGUGACACACAUCGUCAUCAUCAGUGUUUAUGUCCCUGUCACGAGUCCAGAGACACCAGACCUGGUGGUGCAGCUGGUGGCGAAUGCGGUGCUGUUCUUGUGUGUGAAUUGCAUUGGGCUGUUUCACCUGUGGACCACAGAACAUGAUCUGAGGAUAUCCAAUCAGAAGAGAGAGGAGUUUAGCACCAUCCGCUCACAGAAGGAAAUCAAGAAAUACCAGCAGGAACGUCUCUUGCUGUCUGUGUUGCCCCGUUACAUCGCCAUAGAGCUGAAAGCGGAGGUGAUAAAGAGACUGACCAAGCCCAAGAGCGAGCCCAAGAGCGAGCCCAAGACAAAAAAUAAGCACAAUUUCCACAGCCUAUACAUUCGACAACACAAGGACGUUAGCAUUCUGUAUGCCGACAUUGUGGGCUUCACAAAGUUGGCCAGUGCCUGCACACCAGAGGAGCUGGUUGCGAUGCUCAACAAGCUCUUUGGCAGGUUUGAUGACAUUGCAAAGAAGAACGGAUGUCUUCGCAUCAAAAUUUUGGGUGACUGCUAUUACUGCGUGUCAGGCCUGCCGGACCCAAUCCCGACACACGCCAGCAACUGUGUACAAAUGGGCUUGGACAUGUGCACUGCUAUCAGUAAACUGCGAGAGGCGACGGGAGUUGAGAUCAGCAUGCGUGUCGGCGUUCACACGGGCAAUGUGCUCUCUGGCGUGAUCGGCUUGCAGAAAUGGCAAUACGAUGUGUGGUCACAUGAUGUCACCUUAGCCAAUCACAUGGAGUCCGGAGGUGUUCCUGGGAGAGUGCAUAUCACAGAGGAGACCCUGAGGCACUUGAACGGUGCAUACCAAGUGGAGGACGGGAAUGGGGGCAGUCGGGAUCCUCUUCUUAGAGGAAGACAAACCUACUUGGUGAUUGACCCCAACAAGUUCAACAACUUGACGAAAAGACCUGUAAGAGUAAACCUUCUUGCAGCUGUCGAGAACAGGCAGCGGGCUUCUAUGCGCAUGUCUCAAUACCUUCAGUCGUGGCGGAACAUCCACCCCUUUGCCGAGCUCAGCAACCAUCACGGCAAGCCCACCAAGAAGACCAAGCCUGUCCAUGUGGCACCUGUAAACCCGUCUCAGUCACCUGCUGAAGGAACACCUUCUCAGAACAACCCCUCCUGCCUGGUUGUAGAUAAUGGUGUGAGAGGAUCGCUGGACACUCUGGACACCGCAGGGAGGAGAGCCAAGAGGCUCAACUGUCUGACUUUGCUGUUUAAUGAUGUGCGCCUGGAGAGGCAGUUUCGCUUCUCAGAAGUGAAGGGCUUGCACCAGUCCAUGAGCUGCCUUGCUUUGGUCUUUGUCACACUUUUCGCUGUUCAGAUGCUCGUGUCUGACAAGAACUUUGAAUUGGCCGUGUCCUACAGUGCCACCUUUCCCGUGCUGGUAAUUCUGCUGUCCAUCGCUUUCUGUGGAUACCUACAGAAAUUGCGUUCCAAGAUCCCGCCUCGUGUCCAGUGGAUAUCAGGACUAUCUCGAGGAGUCUCCACAAGGGCGGCUUUGCGCCUGUUUAUCGUCUGCUUAGGUGUGCUCAUCACGCUGCUGAUGGCCAUUCUCAACUUUGUGUUUAUCCCGGGAAACAACUGCACAGACAUUACUGACAGGACCACGCUGGAGGGUCUCAAACUCUACACUGUCCCUUACUAUCUGUACUGCUGCCUGCUGGCCAUGCUGGGAGUCAUCGUCUUCAUUAGGAUAUGUUUGUCGGUGAAGGCUCUACUGCUCACGUUAGCUGUGGUCGUUUACCUGGCGCUCUUCCUACAUGUGUAUGCACUAAGGUCCUACUGCCUCAUCAGCCUACUCUAUAACAACACCAGGCCUGGUGUUCUGAAGGACCCGCUCAUCAUGUCAGGUGUUUGGCUGGUUAUCUUUUACAUCGUUUGCCUCAUACUGGCCAGACAGGAUGAGCUGGGUUGCCGUGUAGACUUCCUGCUGGAACACUGUUUCAAGCUGGAACGCGAGGAGAUGGAGACGGUGGAGAAUAUCAAUAAGCUUCUCCUCCAGAACGUCCUGCCCCUCGAGGUGGCCUCCUUCUUCCUGGGCAAGUCUGUCCGCAACCAGGACCUGUACAGCCAGUCUUAUGAGUGUGUGUGCAUCAUGUUCGCCUCUGUACCUCAGUUUAAGGACUUCUACAGUGAGAGCAGCGCCAACAGGGACGGCCUGGAGUGUUUGCGCUUCCUCAACGAGAUCAUCGCCGACUUUGACGAGCUUUUAUCCAAGCCCAAAUUCUCUUCAGUGGAGAAGAUCAAGACCAUUGGCAGUACAUACAUGGCGGCUGCAGGGCUGACACAAUCAUGGGACGAUAGGAAGAAAUGCGACAUGUCCUACAGUCACGUGCGCUCCAUGAUGGAGUUCGCCAUCUCUUUAAUGAACAAACUCGAGCUCAUCAACACGCACUCCUUCAACAGCUUCAAACUUCGCAUUGGAAUAAACCAGGGCCCGGUCAUUGCUGGAGUCAUCGGUGCUCAUAAACCACAAUACGACAUCUGGGGUAACUCUGUCAACGUGGCCAGCAGGAUGGACAGCACGGGAGUGCUGGACAAGAUACAGGUGACUGAGGAGACGGCCCAGGUAGUCCAGAGCGUUGGCUACGGCGUCACACUCCGAGGCGUGAUCAACGUCAAGGGCAAAGGGGAACUGACGACCUACUUUGUCAAUCCAGAGCAGUCAUCUCCGCGGUUCUGACAUCCUCUUUUUAGGGACUAUUACGACAAGCCUGACACAUUGUGUUUGCCAUAGCACUGACAUGGCUGUAGCCCUGACGCUGAUGCUGCUGAGUGUCUGGCUAUGCCUGCCCUCUCUAUGCACCCAUGCACUAAUCACAAUGGGAUGCCUUAGUCUUUGGGAUGAGACGCUAAAUAUAAUCCCAAUUGCUUGAAUGAUGUUACGAUCAUGAUGCAGCUGUGUUUGUGCUGGACACUCAGAAUUCUGUAUUUGUUUUGUCCAAUUUUCAGAUCCUUAAUGGUUUGCUGUAUGAAAUUAUGACAUUUUGCUCAUCUGCACUUGUUGCAUAUGCAGUUGUGUUGACAAUCUCCAUCUAUGCAACAUGCACUUUCUAAUUACAUUUAUAUACACUGUAUAAAAGAUGUAUAAAAGAUAUAUCUAUACAGUGGUGUGAAAAAGUGUGUGUCCCCUUCCUGAUUUCUUAUUUUGUUGCAUGUUUGUCACACUUAAAUGUUCGGAUCAUCAAACAAAUUUAAAUAUCAGUCAAUGACGACGCGACUGAACACAAAAUACAGUUUUUAAAUGAAACUUUUUAUUAUUAAGGAAGAAAAAAAUCCAAACCAACAUGGGCCUGUGUAAACAAGUGAUUGCCCCCUAAUCAUAAUGACUGGUUGGGCCACCCUUAGCAGCAACAAAUGCAAUUAAGUGUUUGCGAUAACUUGCAAUGACUCUCUUACAGCUCUGUGGAGGAAUUUUGGCCCACCCCUCUUAGCAGAAUUGUUAUAAUUCAGCCACUUUGGAGGGUUUUCGAGCAUGAACUACUGAUUUAAGGUCAUGCCAGAGCCUCUCAAUCAGAUUCAUGUCAGGACUUUGACCACUCUUCAUUUUGUUUUUCAGCCAUUCAGAGGUGGACUUGCUGGUGUGUUUUGGACCAUUGUCGUGCUGUACAACCCAAGUUUGUUUCAGCUUGAGGUCACAAAGAGAUGGCCGGACCUUUUCUUUCAGGAUUUUUUGGUCGUCAGCAGAAUUCAUGGUUCAUUUAUCAUAGCAAGUCUUCGAGGUCCUGUAGCAGCAAAACAGCCCUAGACCAUUACACUAUCACCACCAUAUUUUACUGUUGGUAUGAUGUUCUUUUUCUGAAAUGUAGUGUUACUUUUACGCCAGAUGUAAUGAGACACACACCUUCCGAAAAGUUGAACUUUUGUCUCGUUAGACCACAGAGUAUUUUCCCAAAGGUCAUCAAGAUAUUUUCUGACAAAAUUGAUAGGAGCCUUAAUGUUCUUUUUGUUCAGCAGUGGUUUUCGCCUUGAAGCUCUGCCAUGCAGGCCGUUUUUGUCUUCCUUAUGGUGGAGUCAUGAACACUGACCUUAACUGAGGCAAGUGAGGCCUGCAGUUCUUGGAUGUGGAUGUUGUUGCGUGGUCUUUUGUAACCCCUUGGAUGAGUUGUCGCUGCGCUCUUGGGGUAAUUUUGGUUGGCCAGCCACUCCUGGGAAGGUUCACCACUGUUCCAUGUUUUUGCCUUUGUGGAUAAUGGCUUUCACUGUGGUUCGCUGGAGUCCCAAAGCUUUAGAAAUGGCUUUAUAACCUUUCCCGCUUGAACUCAGGUUUGAUAAACCACAGUUUAGUUAUAUUUCAACAGGGGGGCAAUCACUUUCUCACAUAGGGCCAUGUAGGUUUGGAUUUUUUUCUCCCUUAAUAAUAAAAAGUUUCUUUUAAAAACUGCAUUUU